AUGGAGGGGGAGGAGCUAGCGACGGAAGAGGCGGAGGCGGCGUUCGGAACUGAGCGAAAAAUUCAAUUUCGCUUCGCGGCGGUGGCCUGCCCCAUGGAAACAGCGACGAGCAAAGCACGAAAGUAUCCACCGGAAUAUCCUUGCAAUUUUCGAUCGGUUCGGGCGAUUCUCCUCCCUGCCUCCGCCGUCGGAGAGCAUGAUCUGUCGGUGUCCGUCGCUGCAAAUACAAACAGGGGGAGCUCGGUUCGGUCGUUACGAAGAGGAUUUAUUCGACGUCGUGGGAGGUGCCGAGGUGGGAGGAAGGAGGAAGAAGGGUUGGGUCAUGGGUUGGGUUGGUUUUAA